ACUCAUCGGCGGAAACCUACAGCCUGUACGACUUGUUCUACCAAUUCUCCAAGCACUACCAUUGGUCUCGGUGCGACUUCAUCUUUCGAAGAGGCCAAGCCUACUACUUUAGUCUUGUUUCAGAAAACUGUGUUGGUUUUUGUCAGUGAGUACUGUGUGGUUCAUCGCGAACUCUUCGUGAAGAGCUGUCACGGAGAUAUUCCAUUUUGUAAAGAUUACCCGUCGUCGUGUGCAUCAGCGAAUGGCGUUAUCCCAGUACUAGCCUACUGUCAAAGGUACUACAAACACUAUCCAAAAUUCUGCAGUGUUCCGAAGAUCGAACAGGAAUUAUUGCAAUUUUGCUUCGCCUUCGAGCAAUUCUGCCUGCCUGAACUGACACCUUUGGAACCGGUUGAACGACCAAAAUCUUCGUUGAGGAGGUGUGAAGAAGUACUACCAGAAGCUCGAAAAGUUUGUAAUCCGUUCCCACAUCCAAAGGACACAUUCAACGUGUUACGGUGUUCAAAUUUCAUUACAAAUUGCAAGAAAUUCGUUGAUUGGAUCUGA